AUGACCUCGCCCUUUGUGCUUAUACUGGCUACUGGCCUUGAACUCGACACCCAAAUCGCACUCAAGUUUGCACCCCAUUACCCCAUCGCAUUCCUCUGCGAUGCUCAACACAACGUGGACCACUUGGUCAAGGCAGUUGAGGAAGCAGGCGGGGAGAUAGCAGUGUUUGAAACAAACCUGUCCGCCACCGAGCAGCUCUCAGCCUCUAUAUCCACUAUUACGAGCCAUUUCGGAAGUCGAUGCGCCGCAGCAAUCUUCCAAUUACGCAACGAACCCACUGCUGCAGCCGGAUUUCUUGACCAGGCCGCUGUGGAUUUCCGCGAGAAAGCCGUAUUGCCCAUUAAAAACGCCUACGCCUUUUCUCGGCUGACAGUACCUCUACUGGUUAACCACGCCGAUGGCGCGUAUCCUCCUACAUUGAUGUUUGCGGGGACAGCUGGGGAUUCCUACUCAGAUGAGAUCAACGACGGCGCUCUAGUUGCCUUGUCUCGUAGUUUGGGACGGGAGUUUGGGAAGAAGGGCGUCCAUGUCUGCCAUGUCAAGUACAAGGGACUGGGGGUAUCUUCAAAUAGCCAAGACCCGGAAUCUAUAGCGGAAACAUAUUGGCAUUUGCAUACGCAGCCUUUGUCUUGCUUCAGUAAUGAAAUCACCAUCUAG